AUGCAUUACCUUGCAUUCACUUUGCUCUUGACAAUAGGACCUUUGGUUCAUUCUCGUCCUUCCAGUGAUAUUCAAGUUGAUGAUGUCUUAUAUACUCCAGAACAAUUACAAUUCUUUGAAGGAAAUAAAGAAAGUCGCGUUGUUCUGUCUUGGUCAGAAUAUUACUGGAAAAAGAGCACUCUGGUAUAUAGCUUUGGCGUGGGUCUGUCAACCACAGAUAUGACUAGAGUGAAAAAUGCCAUGAAAGAAAUUUCUUUACACACUUGUGUCAAAUUUCGCAGGACUUUCAAUCGUCGCGAACCGCAGGUGGUGAUUCAACGAAAGGAUACGGGAUGCUGGUCCCAUAUAGGAUAUCUGGGCAGAUCUAAUCAGGAACUCAAUCUCGGCAGUGGAUGCAUGUCUAGUGGAACGAUUCAGCAUGAACUCCUCCAUGCUUUGGCUUUUUAUCAUACCCAAAGUGAUCCCCAAAGGGAUCAAUAUGUGCGAAUAUAUCCAGAAAAUAUCCAGCCUGGCUAUGAACAUAAUUUUGAGAGGCUUCGAGGCGAUGGAGUCACAGAUUAUGGACUGGGCUAUGAUUACGAAAGUAUUAUGCAUUAUGGUCCGUUUGCUUUUUCGAGAAAUGGAAACCCCACGAUUAUUCCUCUCCAGGGUAAUGUGAUUAUUGGUCAAGCGAAUAAGUUGAGUCCACGGGAUGUGGCCACCUUAAAUCUCAUGUAUUGUUAA